AUGCCACCUCUUCACAAGCUAAAGGCUGUGAUGGAACUUCAGAAGUCAACUCUCGAGACCCACCCAGGAGCAGUCAAUCAUCAUCUCAGUUUGAGACUGACUGCACCCCACUGCUUCAUACUACCUCCACCUCCACCACUCCAGCCGAAGACAGCUCGUCUACUUCUCCAGCAAAAGAUUCCUCUACUCCUCCUGAAUAUGAAGGCUGUGAUGGAACUGCAGAAGUCAACUCUCGGGACCCAGCCAGGAGCCGUCAAUCGUCAUCUCAGUUUGAGACUGACUGCUGCGCCCCACUGCUUCUUACUACCUCCACCUCCACCACUCCAGCUGUAG